AGCCUGCUGCAUCUGUUUAACCUGGAGCCGCAGCCAUGAUCUGUUGCGCAUUUGGUUCAGUGCGCUCGUCGUUCUUUGGAUUUUUACGCAUCGCGUUGCUGGGGGUCGUGCAAUUAGCAGCACUCGCGCAACAUGCUCCAGAGUGCUACCCAGGAGGCCAUCGGUCUCUGAGCAAUCCCUAUCGAAGUGUCAACUUUGACUCCACUGAAAUCCAGAAUACCGCCAUCCAGGAUUUGAUCUGUGACCACUCGCUGUCGCCAGGCUGGUACAGAUUCUGGAUCAACAACAAGCCGGCAGAGAUGCCGACCACCUGUGUUGAGAUGAACCGCUGUGGCACCCAGGCUCCGGUGUGGCUGUCACUGAAGGACACCUCGCUGCCACCGCCUGGUGAGGUCCGCCAACUAUCCGCCUGUGCCACCUGGCAGUUCUUCCAUGGAAGCGCCAAAGACUGCUGCCUUUUCCGUAUCCCCGUCACAGUGCGGAACUGUGGAGAGUUCAUGGUUUACUAUCUGCAGCCCACGCAGGGGUGCAUGGGAUACUGUGCAAGAGUUGUUUCAGAUUUGGGACCCAGACUAUGCCCACCAGGGGAGGUGGAAGUCAACGGUCGAUGCAAAGUGGCUGUCCCAUCCCUGCCCUCCCGACCGGUGAUCACUGCGGAGCUCAUCGGCCACAGCGUCCACCUGAGGUGCUCCUUCAUCCCGCCACCAUGGAGCCAUAUGCUGGGCUUCCAGGUGGUUUGGGCCAGACACAUCGGACAUAGCAUGAAGGCCGAGAUCAGACAGGAAGCCACACUGAAGCCCUUCUCUAUAGUGGAGAUGGAUGGCUUACACUUCAGGCUCGGGGAAACGUUCUCCUGCAGUGUGUCAACUUUCAGAGCCAACUACAGCCACACCAGAUCGACUUCAAAAGAAAGUGAGAGUUUCUACGCUGGACUGAAGUUCUCUCCAGAAGUGCUCCACAUAGCAGAGAACAGUGAGGAGCACGAGGUGACCGUCCACAGUACCGUGCCCAUCCCCUGCUUCGCCUCAAACGUCGGCCACCAGUGUGGAGUCCCUCUGGCUCUGACUGUCCACGACCCAGACAGUCUUGGACAUGAGGUUGCCAAUGUGGGGCUGUCCGCCUGCCAGGUGGAGCUCCAGCCGAACACCUGCAGUGAAGGCAGCUGUGGUCGGGCAAAGUUUUUUGUCACUGCUGUGACUGAUUUCACACGUGACGGGAACCGUGCGAGCCUGAUCGGCGCUUUGCCCGGACCCGCUGCACCACGAAUCUGGAGAAGCUACGUCCCUACGUCCCUCAAAGUUAUGGUCCAGGAUGUUCCUACUUCCAUCUGCUACUCUUUGACUGACCCGCAUGUCAUUACACUAGAUGGCAGGCGUUAUGAGAACCACCAGACUGGCACGUUUGUCCUUUACCGGAGCCUCACCAGGGAAUUUGAAGUUCAUUCUCGCCAGUGGGACUGUGGCAGCCGACACUACGCUGUUGCAUGCAGCUGUGGGGUUGCGGUGCGAGAGGGGAACGAGCUUGCUAUCUUUGACAUGUGCAAUGGCCAGCUACAGGAAACAAGGCCACAGCUUGCCCUUAAGAACCUCGAUGACAGUGAGGGGAGCCGGGUCAGGGUGCUGGAGUCACACCAAGGGAAGAAGGUCACCUUGAUCUUUCCUUCCGGGGCCUUUGUUAGGGCUGAUGUUGGCGAUUGGGGGAUGAGUCUGUCUGUGCGGGCGCCCAGUGUGGACUACAGCAACACUCAAGGCCUCUGCGGUACCUUCGACCACAAUGGCAACAAUGACUUCCAGACCGCUGAUGGAAGCUCUUAUGGCCCUGAUGACUUGCAUAGCUUCAUAGAUGCCUGGAGGAUAGCUCCUGGUGGGAGUUUAUUUGACAAAACACCUCCUGGGAUGACACAGGAGGUCAGGAGUCCUUUCUGUCAGUGCCAAUCAGGAUACAUCACUUCUCAAGAUGCUGGCAGGGGGAUGAGAAACUUGUAUGAUCCCUCUGCUCAUUCAGAGUGCAUAGCAUAUGAUAAUGUGGAUUACACAUCUGUGUUCCCCUCCAUGGACACAACAGUGGAAUACAUUAAGAGCCUGGAAAGAGAGGAAAGCGUUCUGGAGCUAUCACCCUCCAAGAGUCACCCUCUCGAGAGGAAGCACCUCUGUUUUCAUGGCAAAAACAAGCAAAACAAUGACAGUGAUCUUGAGCUGGACGGUGAGUUCAGGAAAGAUCUUCUGCUUUCUGUUGAUAGGCCAAAGAGACAGGCAUCACUUGAAUUCCAGCCUGUCUUUGUGGCACAGAGCUUCAGCCAGACUGAUCUGGAGAGCUACGCUUACUUUUUCCCCGAGGAUCACCUGGUGGAAACUCGACCAGUGGUGCAACUCACAUGGCCCACGCCAAGUGGUCUGACUUCGGCUAAAGCCCUUGAAGUGUGCCAGCUGGCUUUGGCCAACUCUACUGUCGGCGCAGUGUGUCGGGAGCUGCUGGGACGCCGCUUGGAUGAGGCGCUGGAUCUCUGCAUGCUAGACCUGCAGCUGAAAGAUGACCUGGGCUGGGAGGAGGCGCUACUGCCUUACCUGGAAAACGAGUGCGAGAGAAAGCUGCUGGAAAACCGGACCCAAAGAGCCUUGGAGAUGGCUAGUCCACCGGGAACAUACGGGGAAGUGGUGACAGCCCUGCGAUGCCCCAAUUUUUGCAAUGGGAAUGGAGAGUGUACAGAAUGGGGCUGUCAGUGCUAUCCUAACUACAGCUUCCAUGACUGCAGCCUGGCCAUCAGUCAGCCAGUUGAGGUAACGGAUUUGGAGAAUAGUGGACUCUGCGAUAUUCGAGCUUACGACUGUCGCAGCAUUCGGGUCUUUGGCCUCGGCUUCAUUGAUUCUCCUGACCUGAGCUGCUAUGCCACCAGACUGAAGUACCUAAACAAAGCCUGGGUUCCAGGGGAAAAACAGCGAACUAAAGCCACCUUCCUCAGCUCCAAGGCUUUAGACUGUGCCGUACCAUCACUGAGCGCCACUGCCAUCACUACGGAAGACUUCAUGAUGAAUGACAAACCAUACGCACGCUGGGAGAUUAAGGUCACCAAUGAUGGGUCCCAGUACAGCCAGGCAAAGGUGCUGACUAUCUACGAUGGCAUUUGUCAGGUCUGCGAGGCCUCGCACUCAGGACUCUGUAAGUUAAAGGAGCAGACGUGCAACAUAGAUGGGAUGUGUUUCGCAGCAGGAGACGCCAAUCCCAGCAGUCCUUGCCUCCUCUGUGACCCCAACAUCUCCAAAUUUGCCUGGUCUGUGAACCAAGUCAACGAGCCUCCGACUUUCCACCAGCCUCAAAGCGACCUGCGGACAUUUGCCCGCGAGAACUUUGUCUUCCAGUUUGCAGCAUCAGACCCCGAGGGUUCGGCGCUCCUCUUCCAGCUGGAAGAGGGGCCGGAAGGUGCUGUCCUCUCCCCUGCCGGCCUCCUUAUCUGGAGGGUCCCAUCAGUUCCCAUGAAGGACGAGCUUCGGGCGAGCAGCUCUGUCCGCUUCACACUGUCCGACGAGUGCAACGCCCAGAGCAGCUUCACUGUGGAGAUUGUUGUGGUGCCGUGUGGCUGCCAGAAUGGAGGCUCGUGCGUGACAGAUAUUAACUUUCCCGCGGGCAGUGGGAAGUACCUGUGUGUGUGUCCUGAGGGUACGCGGGGCGAGCUCUGCGCCGAGGACGUGGACGAAUGUCUGUCGGCUCCGUGUAUGGGCGCCAAGUGCAUCAACACUGUGGGUGGGUACAGGUGCCAGUGUCCUGCAGGACUGCGAGGUUUAACAUGCCUGGAGGAUAUCAAUGAGUGUGAAAGGAAGCCUUGUUUUCCUGGAGUACAGUGCUUCAACAGCUUCGGCUCCUAUGGCUGUGGCCCCUGCCCCAAAGGAAUGGUGGGAAAUGGGACUUCGUGCACUGCCAUCCUCAGUCCAGUUGUCAUCCCUUCAACAUCUGUUCCUCAUACGACUGGCUACGAGACACCAGAUGUUCUGCUGCAACCACCCAAAAUAAAGACAGGGACUUUCCAGAAGACCUCAAGCGGUAGCUCCCCACAGAUGAGGGCUGAGGCCAGGAAAACAUUUCCAAGAUUUGACCCACAAAUUAAGUCAACCACAUGGAGAAGGAUGGCAGGAAUUAGCUCCAGCCCAGAGCUCACGGUAGCAGAAACCAGCAGGAGCGACACACCAACUGUCCGCCAAGCAAAUAUUGAUUCUUCAUGGAAAACCCAAGGAGCUAACCUAAACCUGUCCAGGAGUAACACAGACAUGUUCAAGAAUGUCACAGAGAUUGUGCCCCACAGAGUCAAGCAGGAGAAGUCUACAGUUAGCAACACUACAAGCAAGGUGCUGAGUGUAGCUCCACAACCAGAAAAUGGCAGACCAGCUGCAGGUACAUGCGCCAGCCGGCCCUGCUUUCCCGGGGUUCAAUGUAUCAACCGCAGACCACCGCACGUUGGCUACGUGUGUGGUCGCUGCCCACCUGGACUUUACGGCAACGGUCGCAUCUGCAUGAAGAAUGCCAAGGAAGCAUCCAAUCACCUUCCUCUGCAGCAGUCGCUCGGCAAGUCCAGCCGAUCCUCACAUGGAAGCAGCAACAAAGACCUCCAUCUUCACCUGCCCAACUUUCCCACCAGGUAUAGCGUCAAGCACCUGUCUUCACCCUUCAUUAGGUCGAACCGAGAACACCAGGUUACGACAUCAGGGAGGGAAGGGGGCACAGGGAGAAGAGAGGCGGUCACCUCUGCUUCCAGAGAUGUUUCCAGGACAUCAGUCAGCGCCCUUCAUGUCACUGCCCAUACUCACAUCACACAUAAAAGUGCUGGCCUUAGAUCAGACACCAGGAUGUACUCCACUACUUCCAGGGAGUUUGUGGUGCCCCGUGUAACAGUCUCCAAGAAGUCUGAAGGAGCUCUCGCUGGUGCCACAUCUCUUAAGGUAACUCCCCCUGCUCCUCACCUCUCCACUCAGCCUGGAGGAGUAACAGUGCCUCAACAGACAACCCAGUCUCAGCUCAACCACUUGGCAUCCACGCAGCCCAAACCCUGGACUCCACCUAGACCUGCCCUCCCACUUACAGCAGCCCUCACCGCUCUGUCCUACUCACUGUCCGAGGCCGAGUUCUCUGCAGAUGGGGAUGAAGCUGAGCCAGGAUCAGAGAUGCCAAAGAUCGUGCCAGUGCUGACCCUCACAACGCCAGGCAAGAUAGUCUAUAGCUCCCUGGCACAAAGAGCUACAGCCAGCCAGCCAUCGACUGGAAGUGGUGCACCAGCUGACAAACAUUUGAUGGCUUGUGCAGAACGGCCAUGUUUUCCCGGUGUCCAGUGUGAACCAACCAUGGAUGGGGGUUUCUACUGUGGAAGGUGUCCGAUGGGAUACACUGGAAAUGGACGAGUCUGUAAAGCCGUUUGCAGGCAUCCAUGUGGCAGGAACAUGGAGUGUGCAGCGCCCAACACAUGCCGCUGCAAACCAGGCUACACUGGAUUAAACUGCCAGACUGCUAUCUGUGAUCCAGAGUGCAUGAAUGGUGGGGUUUGCAUUGCUCCAAACGUGUGCCAGUGUCUCAGAGGCUACCAUGGAGAGACUUGUCAGGAAGCCCUGUGCAGGUUACCAUGUGAAAAUGGAGGCACCUGUGUGGGGCUGCAGACCUGCUCCUGUCCUUAUGGGUUUGUUGGUCCUCGAUGUCAAACAAUGGUGUGUAGGCGGCACUGUCAAAACGGAGGCCAGUGUGUAUCUCCAGACGAGUGCAUGUGUACACCAGGCUGGACUGGACCAUCCUGCGAGACUGCCCUCUGCUCUCCUGUCUGUCUGAACGGAGGUUUGUGUGUUCGACCAAAUACCUGCGAGUGUCCUCACGGUUUCUACGGUGCACACUGUCAGAACGCCGUCUGCAGCCCUCCCUGUAAAAAUGGUGGUCUAUGUAUGAGGAACAACAUCUGCUCGUGUCUGCAGGGAUACACGGGCAGAUGCUGUGAGAGAAGCGUGUGCGAGCCCAUGUGUAUGAACGGCGGGCGGUGCGUCGGUCCUGAUGUUUGCGACUGUCCGUCCGGUUGGCGAGGGAAGAGAUGUGACAAACCCAGCUGUCUCCACAAGUGUCUGAAUGGAGGCGAGUGUGUCGGUCCAAACACCUGCCACUGCGCCCCGGGGUGGCACGGCAUGCUGUGUCAGAUCCCUCACUGUGAACAAAAGUGCCUGUACGGAAGUCGCUGCAUCCGGCCAAACGUCUGCGCCUGCGGGAUCGGAUUCUCAGGGUCGCUCUGCUCCAAGAGGCUUCCAAUCACACGAGGCUGACACCGAACAGCCAGCAGCGGUUAAACCUUGGGGGGAUCCGGAGAGCAGCGAGCAGUCACACUCCAAAGGUCACCUUCAGCUGAGCUUAGCAAUGAAAGCUAGCGAUGCUGACAUACUGCAAGAUGGGAAAAAAAGCAGCUUAUCCCUUGUUUUGUGCUAAGCUCAGCUAACGUUUUAGAUACAGAUAAGAAUCUACUCCUAAGAUGACAAAGAAAAGUCAUCUCCCGUCUUUAUUAACAACUGAAGUAUACGCGUAUUUUGUUCAGAAAGAAAAAAAUCAUUACCUGAAGUUCAACUUUAUUUGCAAUCCCGACAUCAUAAAAGCCUUUUUCUCAGCCUAACACAUGAACGAGUCCUCAGACUUGAACUAUACUAGAUCAUCAGGUUCUUUCACAAUGACAUUCCACUCAUUUACAGCAAUUUACUGUAAAUCUUCAGGGUUUUUCUUUUUCACCACAAAUCCAAACCUCAAUAUGAGUAUUUAUUUAUUUGGUUGUUUUAUAUUGUCAUAUAUUUCCUGUUGUAUAUAUCUUAAUCAUUGUAUAAUCUGUUAUUUCCUAUCAAAGUAUUGUUAUUGGGGAGGGUUUUUGUAAAAAAAAAUAAAGUUUCUUCAGAGGUACCACUUCUUGUUCUUCCUAAAAACCAACUACAUUUGGA